ACGCUGUAGCCUCUGCUAAUUCGUACGUUCCCUCUUGUGUCCCUUGCUCUCUCUUUCUGACACCCACCACGCAGGCCCUCACAAGAUGCCCGGACUAAAUGCCUCGACGCACAGCAUUCUCGUCCUCCAGCACGACAAUGCCGAAGAGUUCCUGGAGUGCACGUACCCUACUCUAGAGCGCCACGAAACGUCGGCGAAUAUCAUCCUCGCCCAUGCGCUGAAGCGCGUCGGGGCCGAGGUCGCACUUGCCAGUUACCUCCCUUUCUUGACCGACGCACACGCGGAGGCAAGCUUGAGAAGACUCAACCAUUCGAGCUACUCCCCACACCGAACCGACGAUUCCUUCUGGCUAACGCUAUGGAGUGCCACUCCCAGUGGCCACCCAGCACUCGAGCUCGUCCUUUCUUGCCUUAACUGGACGCUAGGCAACUAUCCCGUCUUCCUCUGGACCCCCCGGCGACCCGGAACGUUCCCGUCUGAUUGGCUCAACCCACGCAUCGCUCAGUUGACCGAGCACUUGCGACUCUGCGUGCCUCCCGAGCGCGUCUUUUCCGUCUUCGGCAUGACGCAGCUUGUCAAGACCUUUGCACGGCGUUGGUCGUCAGCGACGGGCUUCAGAGUUGACCCGGAACCUUUCUACGCAGCGCAUUUCUCAUACUGCGACCCGACCACUUUUCAAGCUGCGGACGUAUGGUUGCCGCAGGGCCAUGCGCUGCGAAAAGCGGGCUAUCGCGACCUAGAAGCGGUUGCGCAACUCUGUAAGGAGUUUGCCGAUGAAUCUGUCUUCUUCCCGUUGACAACUGAACGGGCGACGAUUGAGGCGCACGAAUUAAUUAUGAAAGGCCAGAUUUGGGUCUACGAUGCCAGUGGUGACAUCGCUACCGUAUGCGCUGUCACGCGUAAUUCGCUGCAUGUGUCUGCCAUUACCAAAGUUUACACCACGCCUGCCUGGCGGCGACAUGGGUGCGCGGAGUUUCUUGUGCGAGAAGUCACUCGGAGAAUCUUGUUUGAGUCGGGCAAAGACUGCGUAGUCCUGUACGUGGGACACGAUAAUAACGCGCAGCGGGUCUAUGACCGGGUCGGGUACGCCGGGCUGUGCGGCAAAGACAAGUCAGAUCGUAUCGAAGAUUCUCUCGAGCUCGGCUUCGUCGGGGCUCACAGAGGACAUUGGUGAACGUCCCUCUAGCUUAUCACUUUAUCUAAUGCUACCGACUGAAACGCUAUUCGAACCAUGUAUCCGUAGCACCGCUCUUGAUUGCAUAUUGCACUGGCCUGACAUUUUGAUGAAUUAUUCAAUAAUACUCUUGCAAAGUCUCACAUACUGUAGACUCUUCUUAAUCGUAGAGGGUUCGUUGCGAGCUUCUCUUGCCCAUAAUGAACAUACCAAUCUCAGCUGCCUCGGACCAAUCUUUUGGG